UAUCAUAAAGUCUAUUCUAUAUUACUCGUAAUUAUUAAUAUAUGUAUUUACAAGUAUAUUGCUGGAGUAUACACAUCAAAAUUUAAAAGUUAUCCAGGUGUUCAGCGAUUAAUGAUGGUACUAAUACCAUUACACUUCUCGUCGUAUCUCGUCAAUAUUUUUCACGUAAGAUUCUGUAACGGCAUAGACAAUAUAACAUUGUAUAAAAAAAUACAGGAGUUGGAGCAUGUUAUGAACAUAGCUAAAAACAAAACAGUCACAAAAAUGAUAUAUAAACGCCACAUGGUUGCGGUGGCCCUUGCUCUAAUCCCUUUUAUUUCCUUACUGUUUAUCGCAUGCAAUAUAGGAAUACCCGAAACAGUAAUUAUGAUAGGAGUAACGUCUACCCAAAGUCCAUUUAUUCUUGAUAUGACACAAUCUAUAACUUUCUUAAUAUAUUUUUCAAAACGUUUCCUCAUAAUCAACUCUAUAUUACUGGACUAUUUAAAUAAAAAGAUGAUAUUACAAAAAAAAUGGGCCGGAGAAGGAUUCGUUAGAGAAUUGGUAGCAAAAAACUAUGACUUCAUGUCAAGUGAAACUGAUAUUUAUUUGAGGAAAAUAUUCGAAUGCUUUUCAAUUUAUCAAGAACUUUAUACAUUUCAGAUAUUUGUAUUCAGCUGUAAAAUUGUUGGAUACAGUAUGAUAGCGUUCGAAUUUACACUGCUUACUACACAAAAUAACAUUAUGGACAUGUUUGACGGCAUUCUCGCAGUUGUAUUGUCAAUAGUAGAUAUAUCUAUAUUCAUUUUAAUCUGUCUAUACUGUGAAAUUGUAUUUAGAGAAAUAAAAAAGCUCAAAUUAUUAACAAUUUCUUUGAUGUCAGUCUACGAUCAGGGUCCACUAAGGGAUAAAGCUAAAAGAAUGUUUAAGAUUAUAGAAAACACUACACCCCGUUUCUACGUAUACGACAUGUGGGAAAUGGACGCUGGUUUUUUGCUUAGUUUUGCAAAUGUCAUCACUGGACUGAUAGUCACACUGCUACAAUUUGCUUUUCUAUAA